AUGUCUGGAUACGUUGAAGGCGCCGUUGUUAAAAUCAACCAACCAGCAGCUGGCAUUUAUUAUGCCACGCAGAUAUCUGAUGCAGAAGCUGCUGCAACUUCUCUCAAAGCUGCAUCGCCACAGCCUGAAGCUCGUAUCAACUUCGGGCCAGUCAGCUUUUAUGGGGUUCUUACAGUCGCUGGGUACGUUGAUACUAGCACGUACGAAGCCUCAGCUACAGUAUCUGUACUUGGAAUCAGCCUAGGCACUCUGACCGGAAGCCUGAAAACCGGAAUAUCUGUUCAGGUCAACCUAAUUGCUGUCAAGGGUGAAAUACGGUUUUACUUGAAGAAUUCCAAUGAAUUAUGGGUAAAUUUCGAUCUCAGCGUUAUUUUCGACGGAAGUUAUAACGAUGAUGUUAAAAUAAUCACUCUUUAA